AAUGGAUCACCUCACAUCUCCCAACAAUGUGACUGAAUUUAUUCUCUUGGGACUCACGCAGAAUCCACACUUGCAGAAAAUACUCUUCAUUGUCUUUUUGUUCAUUUUCCUGUUUACCAUGUUGGCCAAUUUGCUCAUUGUCAUUACCAUCUCCCUCAGCCCCACACUUUCGGCUCCCAUGUACUUCUUUCUUACUUACUUGUCCUUCAUGGAUGUCUCCUACACCUCUGUCAUCACCCCCAAAAUGAUCAUCGACCUGAUGUACCAGAGGAGAACCAUCUCCUUGGGUGGCUGCCUGACCCAGAUCUUUGUGGAGCAUUUCCUGGGAGGAUCAGAGAUCAUCCUCCUCAUUGUCAUGGCCUAUGAUCGCUAUGUGGCCAUCUGCAAGCCCCUGCACUACAGGACCAUCAUGCGACAGGGGCUCUGCCGCCUCCUGGUGUUUGUGGCCUGGAUCGGGGGAAUACUGCACGCCACUGUGCAGAUUCUUUUCGUGGUCCACUUGUCCUUCUGUGGCCCCAAUAUCAUUGACCACUUCAUGUGUGACUUCUUCCCACUGCUGAAACUUGCCUGCAGGGACUCCUACAGGCUCGGAAUGGUGGUGGCAGCCAACAGUGGAGCUAUGUGCUUGCUCAUUUUUUCCAUGCUACUCAUCUCCUACAUAGUCAUCCUGAGCUCCCUGAAAUCCCAUGGCUCCAAAGCACGACGCAAAGCCCUCUCUACAUGUGGCUCCCACUUUACUGUAGUUGUGCUCUAUUUUGUGCCUUGUGUAUUCACCUAUGUGCGUCCUGUGGCCACCUACCCUGUGGACAAGUCGGUGACAGUGUUCUUUACAAUCCUCACUCCCAUGUUUAAUCCUAUCAUUUACACAGUGAGAAACACGGAGGUGAAAAAUGCCCUGAGGAGUUUGUUGAAGAGGAGAGUAACUUAG